AGCCACUCUUGCCUCCAUUCCUGCAUAUAUAAAACCUAAGCAGCGCUUUGCUUUCUCCUUCUCUUAGGUACUAGGUACAACUAGUUAGACGAAUAUUAGAAGCUCUACCUUCCCCACAUCAGAUCAGCCCCCAUACACUUCUUCUUCUUCUUCUUCUUCUUCUUCUCAGUCCGGUUUUCAGCCUGCUAGCUCUUAGAUCUGAGAGGGAUGGGGAGGGGGAAGAUAGUGAUCAGGAGGAUCGACAACUCGACGAACAGGCAGGUGACCUUCUCGAAGCGGCGGGGCGGGCUGCUGAAGAAGGCCAAGGAGCUCUCCAUCCUCUGCGAUGCGGAGGUCGGCCUCGUCGUCUUCUCCAGCACCGGCAGGCUCCAUGAGUUCUCCAGCACCAACAUGAAAGCUGUGAUAGACCGGUAUACCAAGGCAAAAGAGGAGCAGCCUGGCGUGAAUGCAACUUCAGAGAUUAAGCUUUGGCAAAGGGAGGCAGCAAGCUUGAGGCAGCAACUGCACGACUUGCAAGAAAGCCACAAGCAACUGAUGGGAGAGGAGCUUUCCAGCCUAGGUGUAAGAGAUCUCCAGGGUUUAGAGAAUCGGCUCGAAAUGAGUUUACGCAGUAUCAAAACAAGGAAGGACAACCUUCUGAGAAGUGAAAUUGAAGAGUUACACAGGAAGGGAAGUCUAAUCCACCAGGAAAACACGGAACUGUGUCGUAGAUUAAACAUCAUGUCACAACAAAAAAUGGAACUGAGCAGAAAGCUUCAGAGCUGUGAAUCGGGAGGUGCCACUGAUGCAAAUAAAAGCUCUAGCACUCCCUUCAGCUUUCGUAUUGUACAAGACGCAAAUAUCCCUGCUAAUCUUGAACUGAGCCAGGCACAACAAAACGAACAGGAGCACUCCGAAACAGGCGCUCCAGCACUGGGCAGACUUCAACUGUCCUAAGACGAUCUAAUACAAUCUGGGCAACGUCGUGGUAAUCAAAAAUAUCAAAUCAUGAUUCAGAGCACUUGGAGUUGGAUAAUGUAGCAGGUUGUGCGCUAUACUAGCCCAUAAAGAAAAGUGCACAGACUACAGACAGGACAGAUUAUGCUGCCAGGGGCUAUAUUAUAUUGAAGUUGUGACAUAAUGGUUGUUGUAAUGAUACUAGUUGUAACAUCAUAAUUUUUAUGCUUAUGCCCACAUGACAUUAAAGUAAUUGUGUAUCGAUAGCUGUGUACAAUCAGCAUUAAUUUUUCUAGUUCUUCUAUGAAGUAA